AUGGAGUCUUUAAGAGAGAUAACAGAAUAUGGUCAAAGCCUUAACUUGACUGGUGCGGACCUACAGCAGUUUAUACAGCAACAACAGGUACACCAGCGUGAGCUACGAGCUGCUGAGAGAGAGAAAGAGAAGCAGGAUAGAGAGUAUGUUCUAAGUAAAGAAGCGCUUGAGAUUGAGAAACUCAAACUCCAGGAGAAAAAAGGUAUGGAAGAGAUUGAAAGUAAACUCAUGCAUACUAUUCAAACAUUGGAGCAAAAGUUAGCUGUAAAAGAGUUAGAAAUGAAAUCAGAAAACUCUAGCAAUGCAAAGUUUCCAAACAUGCCUGUCUUCGAUGAAGUUAAGGAUGAUAUUGAUUCUUAUUUGAGACGUUUUGAAAGGUAUGCUGCAGCACAGAAAUGGAAGUUAGACAGUUGGGCUGUUAACUUGAGCGCACUGCUCAGAGGUCGUGCACUGGAUGUGUAUGCACUGCUGCCACAGGAGAAAGCUUUGGACUAUGAUGCUUUGAAGACGGCGUUAUUAAAGAGGUUUGAAAAGACGGAGGAUGGGUUUCGUCAAAAGUUCCGUAAGAGUAGACCUGAGGUAGGGGAAACUUUCUCACAGUUUGUUGUUCGUCUCGAUAGGAGGAUUGAGCUUGGUCGAGUAGACAAGACUUUUGAGGGCCUCUACGAUAUGUUUCUUAGAGACCAGUUUUUGUUUCUGUGUAACAAAGAAUUAACAUUAUUUUUAAAAGAACGUAUACCGAAAAACAUCAAAGAAAUGUGUGCCUUAGCCGAUCAGUAUAGAGAGGCAAGACAUGUAAAUAUUCAAACACUAGUUCAUUAUAGCAAGAAGGAGAAUACCCCAGAAAAACGUCAGGCAUCGAGAGAACAAGACCAACGGGAGCAGAAACAAGGAUGGAAGACUCAACCUAUGAAGACGCCAAUGAAGAAAGAUGUUCGUUGCUUCAAGUGUGACAGACUGGGCCACAUAGCGUCUCAGUGCCAUCAGACCCAAAAGAACCGGAACUCAGUGAAUGCAGUCGUUGAUCGAACAGAGGAGGAAUCUAUGGUGAAGAACUCGGAAUUACAAGGCAAGUGUGGAUCAUUUACUUCCUUUACAAGCACAUCUACAUUUUCAAUGGCAUCAAAUUCUAUGGACCUUGUAAACACUUCAUCAUGUAACGUUAGUGCAUCUCUUGGAGAUAUGCCUUCCUGUAAUGGCAAAUUAAAUGAACAUUUUGUGACAGUGCUUAGGGACACUGGUUGUAACGGCGUUGUAGUUCGCAGGAAUUUGAUAGAUGAUGUUCAGCUUACAGGAAAUCAUCGAAUUUGCAUUCUGGCGGAUGGAUCUAGAAUUCAAGCACCUGUUGCGCGAGUGAAAGUAGACACUCCAUACUUUGUGGGAGAAAUAGACGCUUGGUGUUUAGAAAAUCCAUUGUAUUCCCUGAUCAUCGGAAACAUCCCGAACGCAAGAGAUCCAAAGGAUCCAGAUAAAGACUGGACACCUAAUCAAGCUCAUGCAGUUGUGACUAGGCAACAAGCUCAAAAGGAAGGUAAGAGAACUAAAUCUCUUUGUGUUCCAGAAAUAAUUGACGCUGAUAUCUGUCCCGACGACAUCAAGGCAGCACAGGAGAAAGACGAGACGUUAAACAAGAUAGGUUCUUUGGUGGGCCAAGACGACGACUCCAAGGUAACCUUCAUCAGUAAGAAAGGUAUCAUUUAUCGUGUUUUCCAGUCAGAUAAAUAUCAGAAUGGUAAACGAUUUACACAGUUGGUUGUACCAAAGAAAUUUAGGACUAAAGUUCUUUCUCUCGCUCAUGAGUCUAUUAUGACAGGUCACUUAGGUACUUCUAGAACAGCCAGCAAAGUUCUAGCAGAAUUUUAUUGGCCGGGAGUUCAAGCAGACGUACGUCGAUUCUGCAGAUCAUGCGACAUCUGUCAACGAACCACUCAGAAAGGCAGGACUACAAAGGUUCCACUCGGAGAUAUGCCUAUCAUUGAAGUACCAUUCAGACGUGUAGCUGUAGACUUGGUAGGACCUAUCCAACCAGCAACAAGUAAGGGUAAUCGUUACAUUUUGACUGUUGUUGACUUUGCUACCCGUUACCCGGAGGCAAUUGCUCUUAAGGGAAUUGACACUGAACGAGUCGCUGAGGCUCUAGUAGAUGUAUUUUGUAGAGUUGGGGUACCAAAGGAAAUGCUCACGGAUAUAGGGACACAAUUUACAUCCGAGCUGAUGACAGAGGUCAGUCGUUUACUUUCUAUACGACAGUUAACAACGACGCCAUAUCACCCCAUGUGCAAUGGACUAGUAGAGCGGUUUAAUGGUACGUUAAAGCAGAUACUACGACGGUUAUGUUCGGAAUGUCCAACGGAUUGGGAUAAGUACCUAUCAGCAUCGUUGUUCGCAUACCGUGAUGCUCCUCAGGAGAGUCUAGGAUUCUCACCGUUUGAGUUGGUUUACGGACAUGAAGUUAGAGGACCUAUGAAGAUCUUGAGAGAGUUGUGGACUAAAGAAGUAGUAGAUUCAGAAGUGAGAACUACAUACCAGUAUGUUGUAGAUUUGAAGGAGCGACUUGAAGAUACUUGCAGAAUUGCGAGAGAGAAUCUACAGAAGUCGUCAAAGAAAUACCGGAAGUAUUACAACAAGGGAGCAAAGAACAGACAAAUGUCAAAAGGUGCAGCUGUUCUUGAUCUAGAUGAUGAUGGAGAAAGUGAUGAUGAGAUGUUGUGCGAUUCCCCAGGUGAAACGAGAAAGGAGGGACCAACAGAUGUGAAAGUAAGUGAUGAACUAACUGAAAAUGAGAAAGCAGACAUCAAGGCAUUACUAGACGAUUUUUCAGAUGUUUUAACAGAUGUACCUGGUUUGACGAAUCUCGGUGUUCACCAUAUCAAGCUGACUAAUGACCAGCCUAUCCGCACCAAGCCAUAUCCUCUGCCGUUUAUUUCAAGAGACGUUGUUUGUGACGAGGUAAAGAAGAUGUUGGAAGUUGGCGUGAUCGAGCCAUCGACAAGUCCAUACAGUUCCCCGAUAGUCAUCGUAAAGAAGAAAGACGGUUCGAACAGGUUUUGUAUCGAUUUUCGUGCAAGAUACUGGCAGCUACCAUUGGAUGAGGCAGCGAAGGAGAUCACCGCUUUCCAAACUCCACUUGGUUUGUUUCAGUUCAGGGAACACAUCAAUGUGAUUCAGAAUCUUCUACAAAGACUUCGUGCAGCAAAUGUGACUGCAAAACCAAGCAAGUGUUUCAUUGGUUACCGAAGCCUUGAGUGCCUUGGACAUAUUGCGGGCAACGAAGAACUUAGACCUCUUCCCGACAAAGUUUCCGCUAUCCACAACUUUUCCCAGCCUUUAACAAAAAAGCAAGUACGCUCAUUUUUAGGUCUGGUAGGAUUCUAUCGCAAAUUCAUUCCGAAUUUUUCAGCUGUUGCUUCACCUUUGACAGAUCUUACCAAAAAAGGCCAGCCAAACAAAGUGACAUGGGGACCACCCCAAGAGAAUGCGUUCAUCACUCUCAAGACUGCUUUAACGGUAACACCUGUACUUAAAUUACCUGUUUUGAAUGAAACUUUUGUUUUACAGACAGAUGCGUCAGAUCGAGGUGUUGGGGCAGUUUUGAUCCAGUACGAGAAUGGUAUGAAAAAACCUGUCGCAUACGCUAGCAAGAAACUCUCCAAAUGUCAGGUAAAUUACUCAACAAUUGAAAAGGAAUGCUAUGCAAUAAUCUGGGCAGUUCAAAAAUUUCGUAGAUAUUUGUAUGGAAAGGAAUUUCUACUAGAAACAGACCAUCAACCACUGGUUUAUCUUACCAAAGCCAAAGUAUCAAAUGCACGAGUGAUGCGAUGGGCAUUAUUACUGCAACCAUACAGGUUUCGCAUUAUUUCUAUCAAGGGAUCAGAAAACGUAGGAGCUGAUUGUCUUAGCAGAAUGUAG